AUGAACGCCCACGCGCUCCUAACCUCUCAAGGUUGGCGCGGAUCCGGGCACUCCCUCCACCACAGCUCCGACACCAUUGGACUUUCGCGGCCACUGCUCGUGUCGAAGAAAGAUAAUGUAUUGGGAUUGGGAAAAAAACAACACAAGACUUCUGAUAUGUGGUGGCUGAACGCUUUCGAUGCGUCGCUGAAGGGCUUGGAUACGAGUAAGGAGGGACAGGUUAAAGUGCAGGAAGGGGGGAAAUUGGAAAUGGUGGUUAAGGGAGGGAGUAAGUGGGUUGGGGGCAAGGGGGGGUUGUAUAGUUUUUUUGUGAGGGGUGAGACGGUUGUGGGGACGCUUGAGGAUAGGGAGAAGGAAAUUGUGGAGAUUUUGAUUAAGGAGGAGAAGAGGGGAAAGGGGAAGGAUAAGGAUAAGAAGAGGAAGGGGGAAGAGAGGAAAGAGAGUAAGGAGGAAAGGAGGGAAAGGAAGGAGAAGAAGAGGGCGGAUAGGGCGAGAAAGGCUGCUGUCAUAGAUGCGAAGAAUAUCAAGACAGAGGAGAAAGCCAAGGCACAGAGUGCCAAAGUGGCAGAUUCGGAAAAGACAGAAACGAAGGAGGAACGACGAGAACGAAAGGUACGAAAGGAACAAAAACGACAAAAGAAAUCAUUGCGACGAUCAGAAAAAGAAUCAUCAGAUACAUCAUCAACGUCAGAAAUCACCAAGAAGAAGAAGAAGUCACGGAAGGACAAUUAA